UCAUUCUUGCAUAUCCAUCCUUAUAAACUAUUUUCUUUUAGUCAAAGCACUCUAGUCUAAGAGACAACAAUUCACUUGGUAUGAUUGAUUACCUUGAUGUCUCCUCGUUUUAGGUACAUUUAAGUGUGUUGUGUGUCGCAAAUACAAAACUUUUGUUUAGAGUUUCUUUCAAUAAAAUACCUUUGUUUUGACGACGUACUUGGAAGGCUUCACUUGUUCACUUGGAAAACACAUUUCUAAAAGCAUGAAUUUAGGACGUAAAAUAACAAAUGUGCAUGAUAACUACCGAAAAGUAAAAUUUUAAUUUUCAAAAGAGGAAAAAUUGUUAAAGGGUUGUUCUACCGUCUUGCUUAAAUAAUUAAUAUUUUUUUUGAGUGUCUUGGUAAAGGGCGGGAAGUUUAAGGAUGCAUUACAAAUCAUCACAGAUUGCUUUUUGACUUCUAUUUAAAAGUGGAGCCUAAUGUGUAGCAGUUAAACCACGAGUAAAUAUAAAGUAAUGUUUCCACUAUACAAUGUCCCCACGACUAUUACAUUCCGCUUUGACGUAUGAAAUUAACAUUCAUUCUACACGUUAUCCAUAUAUUUCCGUAUAUUAUCCUAAAGUAACUCGUACUUUAUAAACUUGAUGUGAUUUUGAUUAUUCGUCUUCGCAUAAAACAACAAAAUGAACUAAAAUCUCUCUCACAUGUCAUCGUAGAAAUAUACAUAUUUGGUCGAUUAUCUCUUUAAUAAUAGCCGUCGUCUGUCUGUGUGUCCGCGAAAGGCGCGUCUGGUUACGGAAACACGAAAUGCGAUAUAAAAAGGACGGGCGACCCCGUGGAUUUUUUCACGGGUUAAUGACUAGUAUUUAAUAUUUCUUAAUUUUCCAAUAGCUGCAUCCUACCAUAGCGAUGAUCACUUGUUUCUACCGAGAGGCUACCCUCACAUCUAUCACAAACCGUUCCCAACUGCUCAUGAAGUGUCAGACGCGAUGUUUAAAGUAUUAGAUGAAGACUCUGGAAAUGCAGGCCUUGUAUCGCAGCUUCACAUGUCAUUUGGACAGUUUCUUGAUCAUGAUAUUUCAUUGACACCAAAUGCAGGCGGUUGUAAACAUCCGAAAUGUCAUCCGCAUAGUUUGAAAGAUUUUAAAUAUCCAUGUUUUCCUAUAAAAUUUUCGAGCACUAGGGAUAAAGGAUGUACACCGUUCACACGAUCGUUUGCCGUUUGUCAGAAAGGAAAAGCCGUACGUCAACAAGUCAACGUUUUGACAUCAUUUAUUGACGCGUCAAUGGUGUACAGUGUCAAUGAGAAACAACUGAAAAGGCUGAGAACAAUGGACGGUUCGCUCACUUUCAGAUGCUGUAGAAAUAAUCGGUUCCACUAUUGCUGUUUCAUUAUAGGGACUGGUAAAUUAAAAGUGACCAAUCAGAAUCUUCUCCCAUUCGAUCCAUUAUCAAAAGCAGUCUGCACAACACGUGGUGGUUGCUUUCUAGCAGGAGAUGUUCGUUGUGAUGAACAUAUUGCAUUAGCCUCAUUUCACACUUUAUUUGUACGAGAACACAACAGAAUAGCUAACGAGUUGAAAAAGCUGAAUAAGCAUUGGAAUGGGUUGAAGAUUUUCGAAGAAACGAGAAAAAUAGUCGGCGCUAUACUUCAGCAUAUUACUUACAAUGAGUACGUUCCUACACUGGCUACGUUGAAACCUUAUCGGGGUUUCAAACAAACUACUGAUCCCAGGGUAGCCAACGCCUUCUCAACAGCGGCGUUUCGGUUCGGACACAGUCAAAUCAAAAAUCAUUGGUCACAGCUGGAUGCUAACUUCAAUAAAAUCUCACCAGAUAUUCCACUAAGAGCCACCUACUUUAAUAAUACUGCGCUAAUUGAUCAUGGAAUUGAGAGAACCAUGAUGGGUUUAUGUGGAAAUGCUUCAGAACGAGUUGAUACUGAAUUUGCUUCUGGUGUUGCAAAGAAGCUGUUUGUGCCACCGGGAAAACAAGGUUUUAGUAAUUUGAUAGCUUUAAAUAUCCAAAGAGGUAGGGAUCACGGACUACCAGGAUAUAACGAGUACCGUGGUAUAUGCGGCUUAGAAAAAGCGAAAACUUUCUUCGGUUUGAGGCGCGAAAUACCAAACAAGUCAAUACGCAUAGCAAUGCAAAAAAUUUACAGAAACGUUGACAAUCAUAUUGAUUUGUUUGCAGCAGGUCUGGCUGAAAAACAUUUACCUGGUAAAAUUGUGGGUCCAACAUUUAGUUGUAUCAUGAAAACACAAUUUGAAGAUUUGAGAGACGGUGACCGGUAUUUUUAUAACCGCCCUGGCGUAUUUACGCCCGGACAACUUUCUGAAAUCAAAAGGGCAUCACUGGCAAGAGUAUUUUGUGACAAUUUGAAAGGCAUUGUGUCAAUUCAAGAAAAUGUUUUUAAAGUAUACAAACCUGGAGUUAAACGAAGAGUUUGUAACGAAAUUUCUGGAAUCAACUUGAAUGUGUGGAAAGAAAAUAUUAGCCCGCCUAAGAAAUACUAUCAACAAUAUUACCGGCGUCGUGUAAGCCAUUACCGACGACGUGUAAGACAUUACCGACGACGUGUAAGCCAUUAUCGACGUCGGUCAAUCAACUAUCGACGCCGAGCAACUUAUUACCGACGUCGAGUAACUCAUCAACAACGUCGAAGAAUUUACCGUCGCCGUAGAUCUUAUCAACGUCACCGUUUUUAAAACAGAUAAAAGACACUAUGCGAUACAUUUUUUACCUUUAUAAUUUUUUCUAUUUCUGGAAUAGUGUACUGGUAUAUACAGGAAAAGAAUUAAUAUUGUAGGUACAAAAGGGAACACUGAGUUAUUUCAUUAUUUUGUUACAAAUAUAUAUUUUAUACUUUUUAAUCGUAUAGUAAUUUUAAUUCUCUAAAAAAACGCCAUUUUUAAUGAAUAUAGGGAAAAUUGAUAAUUGAAAGGAUGGCUGUACUAAUAAUAGUUAGAAAAAAAUAAUUUCAUUUUUGUUCCGAAGAAAAAAACACAAAUUUUUUUUCUGUCAGCGACAAUUUUACGCCUUCUAUAAAUACAUUUACGAGCAGUGAAGAAAGCGAAAAAUGUUUCUACAAGUAAAGUGAUACUGAAGAGUAACUAAAGCUGCGUUUUCGAUAUUUUCAUUUUUCAUGUAGAAAGGUGGUGUCCAAUACAGGCAAAUCGCUUGGACGUUGACUGGUAAUAUAGAGGCGCUGCUGCAAAAAUAGUCUAACGUACAUGGGCCAGGUGUUGAAGCGUUGAAAGUUGCGGUUAAAAGCGCAUUAAUUAACCCAAUUUUUAUGGAGGGAAAAUACCCCUAUUGUUUUUUUUUAAAUAACUUCUGAUCUAGAAGUUAAAAAUUGUAUGAGUUGAAAACUUGGUUUCCAUGGUACUGUGAAGGUGACAGCGUUUUUCAAGUAGACAUAAAGUGAAAAGAUUAGAAAAAGCAUUAACUUUGUAAUUAUAAAUCCCUUCUUUUAUUUUACGAAAUCCCUGUGUCAAUUUAG